AUGGCUGCAAAAAAUUGCGAUCUUCUUUGUAUUCUUUUAGCAACAGCAGGAAAUACUGGUGAAAAAUUGUAUUUCAAGUAUCCCUAUUCUCCUUUUCUUCACAAGAAGAAAGCCAAUAAGCAAGGGACUUCAUUGACAGACAAACACAUUGUUGAUCGAUUUCAUAUUUAUGAUUUUGUGCUUUGCCCUUGGUCAAUUCGAUUAUUUGCACUCAAAGAGGACCAGCAGGAACUCCGCUCAAGAAGUGUCAGCUUUACAAGUAACAACUUCACCCCAGAUAGCUAUAUAGAAUGUCCGCUAUGGAGUUUUUCUGACUCGCUAUUGGCAAGUAUUUUAUCUCCUAAAGAAGCCAUGUGCAAUAAAAACUUCGAGUUAGCCAUUGACGAUAUCCUAUUUAUUGGCUAUCCAACGAUCAUGAAAGAUGCUGAGAACCCAAUAACGGCGUCAUCUGCUUCCGGAAGUCCAGCAUCUUCAUUUAAAGGUCCUGCAACGACCAAUUUACUCCAUAUUACAUUUGUUCUACAGGUUGGUGCUCCGCCUGGACUUAUUGAUGCUUUUCAUAAGCUAUCCCAACGCAUAGCUGCAGCAAUCAAACAUGAACAAUUAAGGCGCGGUUACUUGUCGAAAGAAGUGGAUCUCCUAUCAUUUAUAUAUGACAAAUACAGUGAUCAUGCAGAAGAUAUAACAUUCAACGUAUCGGCAUCGCUACGUGGGGGUAAUGAAUACCUUUCUGGCAUUGAUGAUCCGGAUGAAAUAUGCCAGAAAAUACAGCCUUAUCAUUCGUUGAUGAUGCUAACCAAUCCAGAUAACCUGAUACGACAGUUGCCGGGUGAUUGUUCCCCAGCUUUGGUCCGGCUAAUUCAAGUCAUAUCGCCUUUUCGAGGAUCAUCACCAUUAAUGGAGGAAUUCUCCAAUCAAUUUGUCGGCUUAUUCAUGCCCGUAUUCAUGAGCGAAUUCUCUGCAGCUUUGCGCCCACUUAAAGAGCAUAUUGAAAAGUUUAACUUAAGUAAAGAUAUGCAACAUCGAUAUAUAUUGCUGAUAUGUAAGCUUGAGAUUAGAGAAUUAAAUUUCGAAUUAUACGAAAACAAAUUAAGUGAAGAAGAUGCGGAAAGGUUAUCUAGGCAGUUACCAAAUCUUGCAUACUUAACUGACAGUCACAAGGCUACAAUCAUGAAAUAUGUGGGCACGAAGCAAAAGGAAGAAAUACAGUUCUUUAUCAGGCUAUGCAAAUAUUUCGAUGGAAGACACCAUAUCGAAGAUAUCAUGUACUGGGAAAAUUUGCCGCGCGAUGAAAUCUUUGAGAUACUAAAUAGAUUUAAUGAGAUUACUAUCACGUUUUGGUUAAGAGACAUUGUGACAAUUGCGACCUAA